UUUCUACAACUAUUUAAGAAAUAUCCUUCUCUAUUUGUGCUUGUGCAUAGAGGAUCAACAGUGUUAAUCGAAUUAUUUAAAAGUUUAAAAAAAACAGAUACACCCGACUAUUAAAAGGUAAACAUGUCGCGUUUCUUUGCAACCGGUUCUGACUCUGAGACCGAGUCCAGUGAUGAGGAGGUCCCAGUACAAGCGUAUAGCAAAGCGACCAACUUCCAAUUUAGUGAUGAUGAGGAGGAAGUGAAACGCGUUGUGCGUUCUACUAAGGAAAAGCGUUAUGAAAAUCUGACAGCGAUUAUCAAGAGCAUACGCAAUCACAAGAAAAUUAAGGAUAUGUCGAGUAUUCUGUCAAGCUUUGAAGAUCUGACACGCGCCUACACAAAGGCAUUGCCUGUUAUUACUAAGGAAGAGAAGGGUGUGACCCCACGUUUCUAUGUUCGUUGUCUUGCUGAGUUGGAGGAUUUCAUUAACGAAGUAUGGGAGGACCGUGAAGGGCGUAAAAAUUUGUCAAAGAAUAACUCAAAAUCUUUGGGCACAUUGCGUCAAAAAGUGCGCAAAUACAUCAAAGACUUCGAGGAGGAUUUGACACGUUUCCGUGAAGCGCCUGAUCAAGAAAGUGACGCCGAAGAAGAGGAGGCUUACGACUCUGAUCAGGAAAAGAAUGAUGCUGGUUCGGAAGAAAUCUUGCGAGAUCUCAAACAGCCAGUUGAGGCGAAGUCUUCUAAGGCGGCGGCGCCGUCCAAAGCCGUCGAACAGGAUGAUGACUCUGAGGAUUCCAUUGAUUGGGGUUCUGAUUCGGAGUCGGAAUCUGAGUCCUCGGACGAUGAAAAUCAAUAUCAAAACCAACGCGAGCGUUUCUUGAAACGUCCCAAUGUGGAAAAGGAAGAAAAGGAGGUGCGCGAAGAUCGCAAAAAAGACAAACGUGCCAAGGAGGCAAAGAUACGUCACAAAGUACGUAUUGAAGAGGAUGCUGAUGAAGAAGGCGAAUGGGAAACUGUAUUCCCACACACUGUUGAAAAGCCGAAAAUGUUUGAUAAGGACGCCGAAAUAGAUGUGCCACUGACACUGCAGAAGCUGUCGGAAAUCAUGGCUGCGCGCGGCAAAAGACGUACCGAUCGACGCAUGCAAAUCGAGAUGCUCUUCGAGCUGCGCGACAUUGCCGAAGAACAUCAGUUGGGUAACGCUGUUGCUGUAAAAAUACACUUCAGCAUCAUUUCAGCCAUUUUCGACUACAAUCAGAAAAUCUCUGAACCCAUGAAACUGGAGCAUUGGAGUAAACUGCUGGAUGUCAUGCAAAGUAUGAUGAAAAUCCUAUUGGCCAACGAAGAUAUACGCAUGAGUGAAGAGGUGCAGGAGGAGAACGAAGAGUUCGCAAAUCCCCCAUACGCAAUACGCGGUUGUUCGCUGGCCGCAGUUGAGCGCUUGGACGAUGAGUUCACCAAGCUGCUAAAGGAGUGCGAUCCACAUACAAAUGAUUAUGUGUCACGUUUGAAGGAUGAAGUCACCGUAACGCGCAUCAUCGAGUCUGUGCUAGAUUACUUUGAGCGUGUUGGCAACAACAAUGAACGCUGCCGCGUUUACUUGCGUAAGAUCGAGCAUUUGUACUAUAAGUUCGAUCCCGAUGUGUUGAAGAAGAAGCGCGGCGAGUUGCCACCAACUACGACCACAUCUGUCGAUGUAAUGGAUCGCCUCUGCAAGUUCAUUUACUCCAAGGAUGACACGGAUCGUAUACGUACACGCGCUAUCCUGGCGCACAUCUACCAUCACGCCAUGCACGAUAACUGGUUCCAAGCGCGCGACCUGGUACUUAUGUCGCACUUGCAGGACACCAUCGAUGCUGCCGAUCCUUCGACGCGCAUCCUCUACAAUCGUAUGAUGGCCAAUUUGGGUUUGUGCGCUUUCCGUCAAGAGAACAUAAGGGACGCGCAUCAUUGUCUGGUCGAUUUAAUGGUAACUGGCAAGCCAAAAGAGCUGCUAGCACAGGGUUUGCUUCCACAGCGUCAGCAUGAACGUUCCGCCGAACAGGAGAAAAUUGAGAAGCAGCGCCAAAUGCCAUUCCACAUGCACAUCAAUCUGGAAUUGCUGGAAUGUGUGUAUUUGGUAUCGGCAAUGCUGCUGGAAAUACCAUAUAUCGCCGCACACGAGUUCGAUGCGCGUCGCCGCAUGAUCAGUAAAACCUUCUAUCAACAACUGCGUUCUUCCGAGCGCCAAUCGUUGGUGGGACCACCUGAGUCGAUGCGCGAGCACGUCGUCGCCGCUGCCAAGGCUAUGCGCUGCGGCAACUGGCAAGCCUGCGCAAAUUUCAUUGUCAACAAGAAGAUGAACACCAAGGUUUGGGAUCUGUUUUACGAGGCCGAUCGCGUGCGUGACAUGCUCGUUAAAUUCAUCAAGGAAGAGUCGCUGCGCACCUAUCUCUUCACCUAUUCCAACGUCUACACCUCGCUGAGUAUUCCUUCAUUGGCGCAGAUGUACGAGCUGCCCGUGCAAAAAGUGCAUUCGCUCAUCAGCAAAAUGAUAAUCAACGAGGAGCUCAUGGCCAGCUUGGACGAUCCCACCGAAACCGUGGUUAUGCACCGUUCGGAGCCAUCGCGCCUACAAGCGCUCGCCAUGCAAUUCGUGGACAAGGUCACCAAUCUGGUUGAUGUGAACGAGAAGGUCUUCGACAUGAAGCAAGGCAACUUCUUCCAGCGCGGCAACAUGGGCAAUCGCGAUCGCGGCUACAACCGCAACCAAAACAACCAAGGCGGCAACUGGGGUGGCCAGCGUCGCGACAAUCGCAAUCAGCGCAAUCGCAACCAACGCAAUCAGCAUCAUCACCAUAAGCAACAACACCAACAGCAACAGCAGCACCACGAACAACAAAUUCAACAACAACAAAUUAUCGAGGAAGAGUAAGGCGUUGCCAAUCGCCGCCGCGUGACACGUCAAGCAGGCAACCAAUUAAACAACAACACCACUACAAACUCAAAUGAUGCGAACAAAUGUGAAGGUCGAAGAAAUUAGCAACAAAGAAACCAUUAGCUCUAACUGCUAUUGGCGCACUCUCGCCCCACUGUGUGGGCGUAAAGUCUGCGCAAGCGGUAGCGGGAGUGCGCCAUCUUAGACACUGCGAGUUCGAGUGAGCUCAGCAAAAUUUCUCUAGUAUGGUUUUUACGAUUGUUUUAUCUAAUAUUUUUUCACUUAAUGCGUUUGCGCAUUUUAAGUAAAUCAAGUUGGUUCUUUCUUCGCACUGUCGACACGCGGAAUUUGAGUUUUGAAGGCCAACUGCUUGAAAUGUUGAAAUAAAGAAUAAAAAUACUACUGAAAUUUAUGUAAUAAUUGAACGAUUAAGAUACAUAUAUACAAUACAGAAACUUUGAAAAACACUA